AUGUUUGUUUUCAGUUCAAAAUCCAAGGUUUUUAUCACGAAGAGUUCGAGCCAAACUUAACUUAUUACAAGAAACCUGUCAAUCUAGGAUGGGACCCGUACGGUCUCGUUGAUGAGAUUGAAAUUACUCCUCAUAGAAACGAAAGUUUCCAUGAUGAUGAAGGUUUAAAAAAAAAGUUUUUUGUAAUUUCUCAGACUAGUUUAGAUGGAAGCGCGGUGGCAAACGAAGUUGCGAAGAAAGUUCGAGUAUUUUGCUGGAUUUUGACCGGGAAAGAUAAUCAUGAAAAGAGAGCCAAGCAUGUGAAGGAAACUUGGCUCAAGCGGUGUGAUAAGUAUCUCUUUUUGAAUAAAUAAAUGCUGAUUUAAAUGAUUUAGUUUCAUGUUCAUGUCUUCGGAAGAUGAUCCGAACCUGCCUGCAAUCGAUUUGGAUGUUUCUGAGGGCAGAGAAUUCCUCUGGGCGAAGACCAAAAAAGCUUUUGGAUUUAUCUACGAUAAUCAUUGGGUGGGUUCCGGAAAGUCAUUUUUCUUUGCAUUAUUUUGUGAACUGUUCAUUUUGAUUUAAAAAUUUCAAAAUUGAGGUUUUUUUCUUUAUAAAAAUUCUUUUUAGACUCCUUGAAAUAUCGUCUUCAUUUUGAACUAGAGAUUUUUCAGAGCGACUACGAUUGGUUCUUGAAGGCUGAUGAUGAUACCUAUGUCGUUAUGGAGAAUUUGAGGUGGUUUAUUGUCAGUUUAGAUUUUUAAUGGGAAGUCGUCGCUCAAGCUCAUUUUUGACUCACCUUUUUUCAUGUCUUUGAGAUCUUUUCUUUUUGGAAACAACUUUUUUUCUGAGAGUUUGAAAAAAAAUAUUUUUCAAGGUUUUUUAAAAUUUAGACUAUGAAUGAUUUUUUGAUUAUUUUUCUGCAUAAUUCUUGAAGUUUUUUUCAGGAUUUGUUUGUUUUUUUCCCAAAUUCUGUUCAGGUUCAUGCUCCUGACCCAUUCUCCAGAAGAACCGAUCCAUUUCGGGUGCAAAUUCCGGCCAUAUACAGAGGCUGGAUAUCACAGUGGCGGAGCCGGUUACGUUUUGAGUCGGAUGGCUUUGAAAAAGUACAUUUCUGUUUCAAUUCCUAAUAAAUUACCGACAAUUUUACUCAGCAUGUUUUUUCUAGUCCUUCCUCUCUUGUUUGUCUUUUUUGUUGAUUCUCAAUGUGUCAGGUUCGUCAUAGAAGCUCUACCGAAUGGAACUCUCUGCUCCCCGCAAAAUGGAGGCGCAGAAGACGUCGAAAUUGGCAGAUGUCUGGAGGCAGUCGGCGUGAAAGCGGGAGACUCACGGGAUAGUGAUGGAAAGCAUCGGUGAAUGACAAAUUGAUCUUCAAAAUUAAAAAAAAUACUUUUAUUGGUUUUUUUUAAAGAGUUGAUUAAUUUUCAAUCAAAAGUUCUUUUUAAGUGCUGUUUUAAGUGAUUGAGUUUUCAUUGGCUUUUAAACGGUUCAAGCAGUUCUUUUUGAAUUAAGUUUUUUUAAGUAUCGAGAAUGGUACGGAAAAAAAUUCCUUUUUUUAUACACUCUUUCGGUAAAUUUUGCAAAUAAGGUUUUGAAAACAGGAAAACUUUUUUUUUUCAAUAUUGUCUUUAAUUUUUUUCCUUUGAGAAAUCUUUAUUACAAAGGCACUUUUUCCUGUUUUGUUUUUUUUUUUUUUUUGGUUCGCCUUUAAAAUUGUUCAAAAUUCGUAGUUUCUAGCGAUUUGAAGUUUUUUUCCUUCGAAACUUUCUCGUUAGUCCUUGGAAAAUGAAGGUUUUUAGUGGGACAUUUGUGUUAUGUUGGCUUUUUUUUGUGUUAAAAAAUUUUCAAUCCCCUUUUUUUAACUUGAAUUUGUCAAGUUUUUCACUAUUCCUAUCAGGUCUAUUUUCUCGAAAUUUUGCUGUUCCUUCAUUUUUUUUAUUGCAGUCUGAUGGCGUUAUUUUUCCAACUUUUUGGUUCUCAGGUUCAUGCCUUUCAUUCCUUCGCAUCACCUGAAACCGGGUCAUUUCAACGCGAAACAUUGGUUUUGGAAAUACAUCUACUAUCCUUUCGAACAAGGCUCCAAGUGCUGUUCAGGUUAUUUGGCGUCAUAACGUCAUUAAAGGGAUUUCCGCAAAAUUCAAUUUUUAUUUAUCCCUGACACUCCAAACUUUAGUUAUCUUUUUCUCUCUCUGAUGGCUUUUUUGAAUUUCGCGGAAUCACAUUAUCAUAUUAUUCCGAUUUUUCGAAUUUUCGAAUUUUCUCAUUCAGAAUACGCCGUCUCGUUCCACUACGUCAAUAAGGACUGGAUGUACCUGCUCGAAUAUCUGAUAUAUCGCCUGAAACCCGACGGAAUCGACCAAAUCUUGAAAGUUGCGGAAAAUGAAACGGUACUCCAAGCAGCCUUCAGAGUCGCGAAAUCGAAACAGGGCGCUGAAGAUGUUUUCAAGUGGGUUUUUUAGCGAAAAUUUUUGAUAAUACGGUGAAAAAAAAAUUGGAGUAUCGCCAAUGCCAAAUUUGAAGGACCUUUUAUAGUUGUUUUUGAAAAUGCUGAAGAUUGUACCACAUCAGUUGUUUUAUACUUUUUAAAGGUUAUCAAGAUUCUUAUUUUCAGGGAUGCCGUCUUGCCCUCGUGA